CAUUUAAUUAUUUGUCUUAUGAGCAAAGAGGUGUAUGGUGAAUUUAACUGGACUCUUAAUAUUUUAAAUACACAAUGGAUUAACACUUUGUCUACUUUUGAAGUGCAUCAUAGCUGUCUUUCUGAGAGAGAGAGAAAUAAACAUUCAGUUGAAGAAGUUCUCUCAUGGACAGCAAUGAAAAUUCUGCCCCUGGUUUUGUUGGUUCCAAUGUUGAUUCAUGCCUCUCAACAACAAUCAACUUACAAUGAACUGGAACAAAACUUAUACCUAAUGACCGAACCCUUGAACCCCACGCACUCCAUUCUAUAUCUGGAAUACAUCGAAUUUUUAUGUACGUUGAGCAGCAACCAAAUUCACCUAAAUGUCGGCUUUGAAAUGAUUCCCUUGUGUGAACAAAGGAAGAAAAGUUGGCUGCCUUUACUGUUGUUGCUUUUCAUUUGCUACAAGCCAGCGAGAACCACUUUGAUAAAUAUUAUCGACGACCUACUCCCAGGUCCUGUUACGACCACGCCUACCCCUCCAAUACCACCCCCUGUUACCCCAGCCGGCUAAAUCAUGCCGUUUUCGACCUUAUAAAAAGGAUCACUUAAUUGCUGGAAGACAAGCAAAGGUCUGUACAGACCAUAUUCAAUUUGUCUAUCUUAAAAAGAUAGCAAUCCUGGAUUUUGAUUUUGGAUCAUAAAAUGCUAUUUUUUUUAUCGAGAACUUCCCUGGGCCUGCAGUACAAAGAACUUAGACUAAGACUUGUUUACACUAGUCUAAAAUUUUUACAUAGUUCUAUUACAUAACUGUUUUCUUCUUAUUCUCUUAUUCAAUAGAAUUACAAUUUAAUCAACGUAAAAAAUGAAAUAAAUCGUAAAAGUUCAUUUGGUCGUAGUCGUAAGUUCUUUUGUAAAAUGGGUCCUUGGAUUUUUUUAAAUUUGCUUUUGGAUGUCAUU